ACGAGCAUCACCAUCGUAAAUAAAUCAGUCAAAGUAAAUGAAUAUGAUUACAAUCACAAAAAGCUCAUCUCGUGAAACCCGAUUUGAAACAAAUUUCAAAGUAUGAACAAUUAGAUUACUGAGCAAUCAUGUGUUUAAAAUUGUGAAAUUUCGCCCAUGAAUAAACCAAAAACUUGAUGAAAUGAUUCAGCAAUCACUUGUUGUGCUUGUGCUAUGUUCGCCUUUGUGUUUAUCUGACAAAAGCAAUGACAUCUUUCCGCAGAAAAAUUCUCCCACGCGGAGGAACUCGAUGACAUCAGCCCGCUCAUUUUUUCAUAAUUCAAACAGCGCAUCAGAUGAGACCAACGAUGCACUCAUAGACCCUAAAGGGUCAUCACAGUCUGUCCAAAGUAGCUCAUUGUUGAACUCGAUUUAUUACGUUGGUUCUGCGGUACAAGUUUUGAUCAAUUUUCUACGAGGACGAAACACCGAGGAAAAAAUCCAACCGAAACGAAUAAAUGACUCCCAAAAUCAUGUUUACAUCAUACCAACAAUUCCGCAAGGAUCACAACAAAAGCAAUUUUUUCAUAGAGGUAGUACUAGAGCUUAUACAACUCGUUCUACAGUAUUUCGUUCUCGACAAACCAGAACACGUCUUCUUCAUCGCACAAAUAGGCCUAACGAUGGUAGUGACCGAAAUAUUGGAAGUGUUCUGAAAAAAGCAUUCGCUAUAAUAGCAUAUGGAAAGCAAUUACUGCCAGACGGAUGCAAAAGUAAAUUGAGUCAAUUGUUGGGUUUGGGUAAAAUUGUUGACGAGAAAAAAACAUCAAGAAGAAGAAAAUCGAAUGCAGCAACACCUCACAUUAAACUGACAAGGAAACCGAAAAUAGAAGAACGUCGUUAAAGGCAUUGAUAUGUUUAAUGUUUUCCAUAGUCAGUGGAGACACGAAUAUUAACGAAGAACACUCGACAAAAAAUGCAGAAAAUAAUUACGAAUACGCCUCCGAAAUCCCCACCACCAUCAAAUUACCACUGUUCAUUCGACUGUUUGGGAAAAAACCAUUAAAAUUCAUUAAAAAAUCAAUAUCGAAAAUUCUAGGUAAAAAUCUCACUGGCCUAAAGAUACGUUCGAAUCGAAGCCAUACGACGCUAAAAGGCAAGCAAACGUGGAAUUUGGACAGAUCAGACUUUAAUUUCUCCGCGGAAUACGCCAUUUACACCACUUUCGGAAGAAAUGAUAGUAAACUGAAUGGUACGGAAAGGCAAACACGCGUAUGGAGUAAAAAACCCUAUCAGAAGGAUACGUAUUAUCGUAGAUUCGUUUACACGCCAGAAAGAUACACACAUUCUGUCAAAGUAAGAAAAUACUAUACACCCGGCGGAUCUCCAUUAACCCAAGAAAUAAGCAAUCGACAAACGACAAUUGCUCGUCAAGCCGCAAUAAAUAAUAACGAAAAGAUCACGCCAAUAAAAAUAAAUCGUAACAGAGAUAUCCACGUUUUUCCCACAGCCGUGUUAGGUGAUAAGAAUAGCUACGAAGCGAGUAAAUUUAACGAACAAUUAAUCGCAUCACAAUCUGAUCACGACUUUCAAAAUGGAAAGAGACAGCGUAGAUGUAGCGAGCACGGUUCAUCAGAAUUUGAAGAAGGAUACACUUACCUUCUUAGGAAGAAAAGACCCGAGUCGACGUUCGAUCCGUACGCUUACCUCACUAGAUUAUCAAAAAGUCCUGUUUUCACGGGCGAUUAUACUCCAAGAAAAUAUACGUAUUCUAAAUACUUCACUGUGAUUAAACCGAUUUCAAGCACGAAGGCAGCUACAACCACCACCACCACCAAUAGGAAACCUCUUGUAAUUAACACUAGACCAAGAACUUCUCUCAGAAGUCUGUUCCCAAACACACCACUUGGAACCACCAUGAGACAAUGGACACGAAGAUUUUACACACUCAGGCCUGAAAUUGUCACAAAGAUGGUGGAAGAUGAGACUAGAUCAACACGAAAUCAGACCAAGCCAUCUACCGCAGCCAAACAUUAUUGGAUUAAUAACUGGAAUCUACCUAUGAUGUCUUAUUACAUGCAACCGAUAAACCAUACCUUCAGGACAUACCAGCCAGCAAUAACGACCAAAAAUCUGCACGAUCCGCGAAGUAAGACAACACGAGCGAUGUAUUAUUUAUCGCAAUACUGGAAUAAAGAAUACUUCACGUACUAUACGAACUUCGACCCUCCGGAUGAAAAUUUGCACGAUUUUGCUAAACGUAUGGGAUAUUUUCCUGAUGCAACGACGCGUUUCAUGAGAAUCCGAAUGAUGCCCAAACGCUACAGACCAGAAGGUUUUAUCGAUGUGUUCUCUUUGGAUAGUUUUGUACGAGACAUCAACAAGCGUUUGGAGGAAAAUCAAACAUACCCGCCGCCUCACGAAAGGGACAGUAUAAGUGCCAGUGUAGAGGACGUAUCGUAUUGGUUCUUUUUCAACAGAUCAGUCACUCCGGUUGAACUAAACCCAGGCACUCGUUGGAAAAAGAAACCAAGACCUACGAUGAAACCCAUACCGUCUUAUUUCUUCAAAGAUUCAAUUGUAAGCCGGCAUUACCCACCUUCGCGCGAAGAAGACCAGCUAAAACAGGGAACCACUUUCAAGAAAUUCGAAAAACCUCGUCUAACUCCAAAACCAACACGUCCAUGGGCUUUCCAAACCUUUGAAACGCCUUCACCUAUUAUUCAUACAUUUGCACCUAGCUCCAGUGUUGCGACACCUCCACGGAUUAUUCACAUACCUACGUCCGAGUCCGAAAUGAAAUUAUUCGAUACCCGGACACCUAUACCUACACUUCCGACAAAUAAAGAAACAACGGCCCGUAAUAUCGAUCCUUACGGCCUACUUAAUAAAAUGGUCCACUAUAAUAUGCAACUCAAGCAACCAAAUCGUAGUAACGUUGUGGAUCCAUCAAAACUCCAUCCGGUGGAUCAACUCCCUAGAUUUUUACAACUUCCGUUUUCCUUAUCUCCGGAGAUGAUGGUGUACACGGAUCGUGCUGGCAGACAGCUUUUCACCUUACUCGGUAAAUACCACAUACAUGGAAAUAAUAAAACAUUGGAACGUGUACGAAAUCCGUCAGAAUUUUCAAACCCAUUGAAAGUAGUAGCUCCACCACCCGAAAGUGGUUUUUAUAGAAUUAUACAAAGACACCGAAUUCGAAAUAAUGAUCAAAUCGAAAGAAAGCCUGCUCCAUUAUGCCUUGAAACUAAUGAUCAUAAGGGACAGCAAAAAUUAAUACCAAAUGAUCCAACUGUAGCGGUUGAGAUAAGGUUUUAUCCUGUACGUACCCCAGGUACAAUCAAGACUUGGAAAGAGUACUUUGGGUCGCAAAAACACCAGUCUUCUUCGGUGGAUUUGUUAAUGCAUUCGACGUUACCAACACCAACGAUGAUAAGCAGUGAGGCCCUUACCCAGUUACUGAUCAAGUAAUAUACUAGUAUGCUAUCUGAAUUGGAAAAGCGAUUCGAUGAUGAGAUUUAAUUGUGAUUCAAUUGUCGAAAAUCAGUUGACAUUUCGGAAAAAAAACCAGUAAAAAUGUUGGAUUAAUGAGGAUUACUCUGUAAUUUUUGUCAGUGGCGGAGAGUGAAUUGAUAUCUAGUAUUAUUUUAGUCUAUAAUAGGUAUGAUGAAUAAAUUUGAUUUUUACAAUUA